CGCUGGCGAGCGGGCCCAGGCUCCUGCGCCUUCCACGCCCGCCUUCUCUCCAGCGCCCCGCGCCGUUAGCCACGUGGACCGACUCCAGCCCGCCGUCCUCACGUGGCUCCAGGGAGGCUAGCGGAGCUUCCCGCUUUUCUGUGCUCAUCCCCUGCCUCUGAGCUGCGUCCCCAUGGCGGCCCUGGUGUUGGAGGACGGGUCGGUCCUGCCGGGCCAGCCCUUUGGGGCGGCUGUGUCGACUGCCGGGGAAGUGGUGUUUCAAACCGGCAUGGUCGGCUACCCCGAGGCCCUCACUGAUCCUUCCUACAAAGCGCAGAUCUUAGUGCUGACAUACCCCCUGGUCGGCAACUAUGGCAUCCCUCCGGAUGAAGUGGAUGAGUUCGGUCUCAGCAAGUGGUUUGAAUCCUCGAGGAUCCAUGUGGCAGGACUUGUGGUGGGAGAGAGUUGCCCCACGCCCAGCCACUGGAAUGCCACCCGCACCCUGCACGAGUGGCUGCAGCAGCAUAACAUCCCCGGUCUACAAGGCGUGGACACUCGGGAGCUUACUAAGAAGUUACGGGAGCAAGGGUCUCUGCUGGGGAAGCUGGUCCAGAAAGGGACAGAGCCUUCAACCCUGCCAUUCUUGGACCCCAAUGCCCGCCCCCUGGUGCCAGAGGUCUCUAUUAAGACUCCCCAGGUAUUCAAUGCAGGGGGUGCCCCUCGGAUCCUUGCUUUGGACUGUGGCCUCAAGUAUAACCAGAUCCGAUGCCUCUGCCAGCGUGGAGCCGAGGUCACUGUGGUACCCUGGGACCACGCCUUAGACAGCCAGGAGUAUGAGGGUCUCUUCCUAAGUAAUGGCCCUGGUGACCCUGCCUCCUAUCCCAGCGUGGUGUCCACGUUGAGCCGUGUCUUAUCUGAGCCUAAUCCCCGACCUGUCUUCGGAAUAUGCCUGGGACACCAGCUGUUGGCUUUAGCCAUCGGAGCCAAGACUUACAAGAUGAGAUACGGGAACCGAGGCCAUAACCAGCCCUGCUUGCUGGUGGGCUCGGGGCGCUGCUUUCUGACAUCCCAGAACCAUGGGUUUGCUGUAGAAACGGACUCCCUGCCAGCGGGCUGGGCUCCUCUCUUUACCAACGCCAACGAUCGUUCCAAUGAAGGCAUUGUACACAACAGCCUGCCCUUCUUCAGUGUCCAGUUUCACCCAGAGCACCAGGCUGGCCCUUCAGAUAUGGAACUGCUUUUUGAUGUCUUUCUGGAAACUGUGAAAGAGGCCACUGCUGGGAACCCUGGGGGGCAGACAGUUCGUGAACGGCUGACCAAGCGCCUCUGCCCCCCUGGCGUUCUCACCCCAGGCUCUGGGCUCCCUCCACCAAGAAAGGUUCUGAUCCUGGGCUCCGGGGGGCUCUCCAUCGGCCAGGCUGGAGAAUUUGACUACUCGGGCUCUCAGGCGAUUAAGGCCCUGAAGGAGGAGAACAUCCAGACGCUACUGAUCAACCCCAACAUUGCCACAGUGCAGACCUCUCAGGGACUGGCCGACAAGGUCUAUUUCCUCCCCAUAACGCCUCACUACGUAACCCAGGUGAUACGUAACGAGCGUCCAGAUGGUGUGUUACUGACUUUUGGGGGCCAGACGGCCCUAAACUGUGGUGUGGAACUGACCAAGGCGGGAGUGCUGGCUCAGUAUGGGGUCCGGGUCCUGGGCACCCCUGUGGAGACCAUUGAGCUGACCGAAGAUCGACGUGCUUUUGCUGCUCGAAUGGCGGAGAUCGGAGAGCAUGUGGCCCCGAGUGAGGCGGCGCAUUCCCUUGAGCAGGCCCAGGCAGCUGCCGAGCGACUGGGGUACCCCGUGCUGGUCCGCGCGGCCUUUGCCCUGGGUGGCCUAGGCUCCGGGUUCGCCUCCAACAGGGAGGAGCUGUCUGCCCUCGUUGCACCAGCCUUUGCACAUACCAGCCAAGUGCUGGUGGACAAGUCUCUGAAAGGAUGGAAGGAGAUUGAGUACGAGGUGGUGAGAGACGCCUACGGCAACUGCGUCACGGUGUGCAAUAUGGAGAACUUGGACCCGCUGGGCAUCCACACUGGCGAGUCCAUCGUGGUGGCUCCAAGUCAGACGCUGAAUGACAGGGAGUACCAGCUGCUGCGACAGACAGCCAUCAAGGUGACCCAGCACCUGGGGAUCAUCGGGGAAUGCAACGUGCAGUAUGCCCUGAACCCCGAGUCUGAGCAGUAUUACAUCAUCGAAGUGAACGCCAGGCUCUCUCGCAGCUCCGCCCUGGCCAGUAAGGCCACAGGCUAUCCACUGGCCUACGUGGCAGCCAAACUAGCUUUGGGCAUCCCCCUGCCUGAGCUCAGGAACUCUGUGACAGGAGGUACGGCAGCCUUUGAACCCAGCCUGGAUUAUUGCGUGGUGAAGAUCCCUCGCUGGGACCUCAGCAAGUUCCUGCGUGUCAGCACGAAGAUCGGAAGCUGCAUGAAGAGCGUUGGUGAGGUCAUGGGCAUUGGACGCUCGUUCGAGGAGGCCUUUCAGAAGGCCCUGCGCAUGGUGGAUGAGAACUGUGUAGGCUUUGACCACACCGUAAAACCAGUCAGCGAUAAGGAGUUGGAGACUCCCACGGAUAAGCGAAUCUUUGUGGUGGCAGCUGCCCUGUGGGCUGGCUACUCGGUGGAGCGUCUAUAUGAGCUCACGCGCAUUGACCGCUGGUUCCUGCACCGAAUGAAGCGCAUCACGGCGCACACCCAGCUGCUGGAACAACAUCGCGGACAGCCAUUGCCCUCGGACCUGCUGCAGCAGGCCAAGCGCCUUGGCUUCUCAGACAAGCAGAUUGCCCUCGCGGUGCUAAGCACGGAGCUGGCUGUUCGCAAGCUGCGUCAGGAACAGGGGAUCUGCCCGGCAGUGAAACAGAUAGACACAGUUGCAGCUGAGUGGCCAGCCCAGACAAACUACCUGUACCUGACGUACUGGGGCACCACCCACGACCUCAGCUUUCGAACACCUCACGUCCUGGUCCUCGGCUCUGGUGUCUACCGGAUCGGCUCCAGCGUGGAGUUUGACUGGUGUGCCGUCGGCUGCAUCCAGCAGCUCCGGAAGAUGGGGUACAAGACCAUCAUGGUGAACUACAACCCAGAGACCGUCAGCACCGACUACGACAUGUGCGACCGGCUCUACUUCGAUGAGAUCUCUUUUGAGGUGGUGAUGGACAUCUAUGAGCUAGAGAACCCUGAAGGCGUGAUCCUGUCCAUGGGCGGGCAGCUGCCCAACAACAUGGCCAUGGCUUUGCAUCGCCAGCAGUGCCGGGUGCUGGGCACCUCCCCUGAAGCCAUCGACUCGGCUGAGAACCGGUUCAAGUUCUCCCGGCUCCUGGACACCAUUGGUAUCAGCCAGCCUCAGUGGAGGGAGCUCAGUGACCUGGAGUCUGCUCGCCAGUUCUGCCAGACUGUGGGGUACCCCUGCGUGGUGCGCCCCUCCUAUGUGCUGAGUGGUGCAGCAAUGAACGUGGCCUACACUGACGGGGACCUGGAGCGCUUCCUGAGCAGUGCAGCAGCCGUCUCCAAAGAGCACCCCGUGGUCAUCUCCAAGUUCAUCCAGGAGGCCAAGGAGAUUGAUGUGGAUGCCGUGGCCUGUGAUGGUGUGGUGGCGGCCAUUGCCAUCUCGGAGCAUGUGGAGAAUGCAGGUGUGCAUUCAGGCGAUGCCACGCUGGUGACCCCCCCACAAGACAUCACCCCCAAAACUUUGGAGCGAAUAAAAGCCAUUGUGCAUGCCGUAGGCCAGGAGCUACAGGUCACAGGGCCCUUCAACCUGCAGCUCAUUGCCAAGGACGACCAACUGAAAGUUAUCGAAUGCAACGUGCGUGUCUCUCGCUCCUUCCCCUUCGUCUCCAAGACACUAGGCGUGGACCUAGUAGCCUUGGCCACCCGGGUCAUUAUGGGGGAAGAGGUGGAACCUGUGGGGCUCAUGACUGGCUCUGGAGUCGUGGGGGUGAAGGUGCCUCAGUUCUCCUUCUCCCGCUUGGCGGGCGCUGACGUGGUGUUGGGUGUGGAAAUGACCAGCACCGGGGAGGUGGCCGGCUUUGGGGAGAGUCGUUGUGAGGCCUACCUCAAGGCCAUGCUAAGCACUGGCUUUAAGAUCCCCAAGAAGAAUAUCCUGCUGACCAUCGGCAGCUACAAGAACAAAAGUGAGCUGCUCCCGAGGGUGCGGCUGCUGGAGAGCCUGGGCUAUCGACUCUACGCCAGCCUGGGCACAGCCGACUUCUACACCGCACACGGCGUCCAGAUAACAGCUGUGGACUGGCACUUUGAGGAGGCUGUGGACGGCGAGUGCCCACCGCAGCGAAGCAUCUUGGAGCAGCUGGCCGAGAAUCACUUUGAGCUGGUGAUCAACCUGUCCAUGCGCGGGGCCGGAGGCCGGCGUCUCUCCUCCUUCGUCACCAAGGGCUACCGCACCCGGCGCCUGGCCGCCGACUUCUCUGUGCCCCUCAUCAUCGACAUCAAGUGCACCAAACUGUUUGUGGAGGCCCUGGGCCAGAUCGGGCCAGCUCCUCCUAUGAAGGUGCAUGUUGACUGUAUGACCUCCCAAAAGCUUGUGCGACUGCCUGGACUGAUCGAUGUCCACGUGCACCUGCGGGAACCAGGCGGGACUCACAAGGAGGACUUCGCCUCGGGCACAGCCGCUGCCCUGGCUGGGGGCGUCACCAUGGUGUGUGCCAUGCCUAAUACCCGGCCCCCCAUUGUCGAUGGCCCGGCCCUGGCCCUGGCCCAGAAGCUGGCAGAAGCAGGUGCCCGCUGUGACUUUGCCCUGUUUCUUGGGGCCUCCUCUGAAAAUGCUGGGACCCUGAGUGCUGUGGCCGGGUCUGCGGCAGGGCUGAAGCUCUACCUCAAUGACACCUUCUCUGAGCUGCGGCUGGACAGUGUGGCCCAGUGGAUGGAGCACUUCGAGACUUGGCCGUCCCACCUGCCCAUUGUGGCCCAUGCAGAGCGACAGAGUGUGGCCGCGGUCCUCAUGGUAGCUCAGCUGACCCAGCGCUCGGUGCACAUAUGUCACGUGGCACGGAAGGAGGAGAUCCUGCUGAUUAAAGCAGCAAAGGCACAGGGGCUGCCAGUGACCUGUGAGGUGGCGCCCCACCACCUGUUCCUGAGCCGUGAGGAUCUGGAGCGCCUGGGGCCUGGGAAGGGGGAGGUCCGGCCUGAGCUGGGCUCCCGCCAGGACGUGGAGGCCUUGUGGGAGAACAUGGCUGUCAUCGACUGCUUUGCCUCUGACCACGCCCCCCAUACCUUGGAGGAGAAGUGUGGGCCCCAGCCUCCGCCAGGCUUCCCAGGGCUGGAGACCAUGCUGCCACUGCUGCUGACGGCGGUGAGCGAGGGCCGGCUCAGCCUGGACGACCUGCUGCAGCGCCUGCACCACAAUCCUCGGCGCAUCUUUCACCUGCCCCUGCAGGAGGACACCUACGUGGAGGUGGAUCUGGAGCACGAGUGGACCGUCCCCAGUCACAUGCCCUUCUCCAAGGCCCACUGGACACCCUUCGAAGGGCAGAAGGUGAAGGGCACCGUCCGCCGGGUCGUCCUGCGAGGGGAGGUGGCCUAUAUCGACGGGCAGGUUCUGGUGCCCCCAGGCUAUGGACAGGAUGUACGGAAGUGGCCUCAGGGGGCCGUUCCCCAGCUGCCACCCUCCACCCCCGCUGCCGGCGAGGUGACCACGACGCCCGAAAGACCCCGCCGGGGCAUCCCGGGGCUUCCUGAUGGCCGCUUCCACUUGCCACCCCGCAUCCACCGAGCCUCUGACCCGGGUCUGCCAGCCGAGGAGCCAAAGGAAAAGUCGUCCCGGAAGGCGGCCGAGCCAGAGCUGAUGGGAACCCCUGACGGCACCUGCCACCCUCCACCACCAGUACCUAGACAGGCGUCACCCCAGAACCUGGGGGCCCCUGGCUUGCUGCACCCCCAGACCUCACCCCUGCUGCACUCACUGGUGGGCCAACAUAUCCUGUCCGUCCAGCAGUUCACCAAGGACCAGAUGUCUCAUCUGUUCAACGUGGCACACACGCUGCGGAUGAUGGUGCAGAAGGAGCGGAGCCUCGACAUCCUCAAGGGGAAGGUCAUGGCCUCCAUGUUCUACGAGGUGAGCACACGCACCAGCAGCUCCUUUGCAGCAGCCAUGGCCCGGCUUGGGGGCGCAGUGCUCAGCUUCUCGGAGGCCACGUCCUCCGUCCAGAAGGGCGAGUCCCUGGCUGACUCCGUGCAGACCAUGAGCUGCUAUGCUGACGUCGUGGUGCUGCGGCACCCCCAGCCCGGAGCGGUGGAGCUUGCAGCCAAACACUGCCGGAGACCGGUGAUCAAUGCCGGGGACGGGGUUGGAGAACACCCCACCCAGGCCCUGCUGGACAUCUUCACCAUCCGGGAGGAGCUGGGGACCGUCAAUGGCAUGACUAUCACAAUGGUGGGCGACCUGAAGCAUGGCCGCACAGUGCACUCCCUGGCCUGCCUCCUCACCCAGUACCGCGUCAGCCUGCGUUACGUGGCACCUCCCAGCCUGCGCAUGCCUCCGGACGUGCGGGCCUUUGUGGCCUCCCGUGGCACCAAACAGGAGGAGUUCGAAAGCAUCGAGGCGGCGCUGCCUGACACAGACGUGCUGUACAUGACCCGGAUCCAAAAGGAGCGGUUCGGCUCCCCCCAGGAGUACGAGGCUUGCUUCGGUCAGUUUAUCCUCACUCCUCACAUCAUGACCCGGGCCAAGAAGAAGAUGGUGGUGAUGCACCCCCUGCCCCGUGUCAACGAGAUCAGUGUGGAGGUGGACUCGGACCCCCGAGCAGCCUACUUCCGCCAGGCUGAGAACGGCAUGUACAUCCGUAUGGCCCUGCUCGCCACCGUGCUGGGCCGCUUCUAGGGCCUGGCUCCCUUGGCCUCAUCUUUGCAGGCCCAGCUCUCGGGCAAGGAAUCUCAGUGCCCCCCACGGGGGCAGCACCCUUAGGAACAUAGACACUUUGGGGCGUCCAGACGGCUCAUGUGCACACACGCACACACGUGCACACACUUCAGGCUCCGGACUGGAGCUCUCUGUCAGGAGGGCGGGGCCUCAGGUGCUGGGGCUCCGUCUGCCCCGUUUCUAUCUCACACCUCAAGUCUGUACAGUUACUUUUCUACUGACUCAAUAAACAACUAAGCUGCCUCUA